UAUUUCGGAACCUACGUGUGGCCACCCUGAUCAUUCAAGCAAAGCGUUUGUCGGCAGUGCGUUUGACAAAUUCCAGUUUCUUUACGUGAGUACAGCGAAAAUGUCCACACACAAGAAAAAGACUAGAAAGUUGAGAGGACACGUCUCUCAUGGACAUGGACGUAUCGGUAAGCACCGUAAGCAUCCUGGAGGUCGUGGUAACGCUGGAGGCAUGCACCAUCACCGAAUUAACUUCGACAAAUACCAUCCUGGUUACUUCGGAAAGUUGGGAAUGAGAAAUUACCACGUUAGGAGAAAUACUAAAUGGGCCCCAGCGAUCAAUCUGGACAAACUGUGGACCCUUGUGAGUGACCAAACGAGGCUAAAAUACAAGUCUCAUCCCGAGGGCAAAGCCCCCGUCAUAGACAUCGUGAAAGCCGGAUACUACAAACUUCUUGGUAAGGGACGGCUGCCUGAUCAACCCGUAAUUGUUAAGGCCAAGUUCUUCUCAAAGAAAGCGGAAGACAGGAUUAAGGCUGUAGGUGGAGCCUGUGUCUUAUCGGCGUAGGUUCGAUUUUUCAAUAAAUAAUAAGAAAUU